AGUUUGUUUGUGUCUGUCCCAUAGACAACAGACAAGGCCAGUAUCCAGCGUCUGACGGAGAGCUUUGUCACUAAACUGCAGGCAGACUUCCCCUCGACCGUCAGCACCAUCUACAGGACCAGUGAGAAGCUGCAGACAGCAUGUAAGAGCUCCACCACAGCCGACCACUGUGACAGAUGUCUGCUCUGCAUGUGCGCCCUGGAUACUGCUGUUGAGAAUGCAUCAGCCUUCAAGGCCACACUGAUCUCAGAGCAGCUUUCCCAGACUAAAUCUCCAGGAGCUACCAGUGCUGAUGUCCCAGGACAAAACCCAGCUCCAGUGGAGUCAGAAUCCACUGCUCCCACUGGGCAGUGCUGUCCCUCUGGUGGAGGAGAGGAUUGUGGGACAGCAGCAGGGGGUAGAGGCUGCUGUUCUUCUGCCAAGGGACCAGAGACGGCUGAUCUGAAGAGCCUGCUGUGUUACAGCUGUCAGCUGACCAUCAAAGACAUGUCGUCAUUGGAACGUCUCCCGCAGUACAUCCUCUCAGAGGCUCAGAGGCGGCAGAGGAGGUCUCAGAUGAGAGAGGAGAUCGGCGAGUUCCUGCUGGAUGAUGGUGAUGAAGGCGAUUAGAGGGAGGAGGCAAAGCUGAUGAAACAGAAGUGAAGCUGAAUGUUCACUCAGAAAGAAUUUACUUGGCCAUUUUUACUUGUUUCAUCCUGCAGGGAGUGGAGACAUUUCAUAUAAAUGCUUAAGAAAUAUAUUAACAUGUAUAGAAUUUCUUCAAUUCUACUUCCUGUUAUUCUGUGUGGGGUCACAGGGGCUAGAGCCUAUCCCUGCCUGCAGGGAGUGAGAUGUGGUAGGUCCCAGGUACACUACAGAGCUGUGCAGGUGCCAGCCUGAAAACAGCCCUGCGUUGGUGUGGGUGUGUGAUACCAGUGAGACAGGAAAUCUAUCCAGGAAGUCCAGUUUGAUUAACAGAUCCAUGAGUUUGAAGAUUUAGCAUCAAAACACUGUAUAGAUGUUUAUAAUACACUCACACAGGAUUUUACAACUAUUUUAUCUUCUGUCGUCUCAAUCACAAGGUCAAUUGUAGGAAUACAGUGUUGACAUUACAAAGUAAUCCACCAUGAAUCUGCACUCGCAUGAUUGGUCACCACAGCGCAUUGUUGAUGACAACAUGUUAAGUUGCAGCAAAAGUUCAGCCUAGUUCUGAUCUGAGAACAGAUCAGUUUGAGAUUUUAUAUUUGUUAUUGCUGCUAUAAUAAACUUUUGAGUCUUUAUUUAAAGCUGUUUUCAAGC